GGGUCCUAAGUACCACCUUUUAGCUCAUACCACCAUGUCGCUGUCACACAUCCAGGACAGUUUUCGCACACAUGACCUCACCAUCUCAGGCAACGAGGAGUGUUCCUAUUGGCUGCCGCUCUAUGGCAGUAUGUGUUGUCGCUUCGCAGCUCAGCCUCACUGUAUGACCCGACAGAUGAUGAGUGGAUGUUUGAAAGUGAAGCAGUUGGGAGGUGAACCUCAGAGUUGGACUAAAGUGUACGGCGUGCUAAAAGGAACAAGCCUUUUCUGCUACCACCGGCAAGAAGAUGUAGAGGCUAAUGUCGAGCCAGCUUUCACCAUCGCCAUCAACAAGGAGACCAGAAUACGUGCGUCAGAGAAAGACCCUCAAAGUAAAGUUCAGAAUAUCUGUAUCAGUAACCAGUACGGAGGUGAGGAGGUUACACACACACUGACGUCAGACAGCCGCGAGGACACACACCGGUGGAUGGAGGCCUUUUGGCAACAUUUCUACGAUAUGAGCCAAUGGAAACAGUGCUGUGAUGACUUAAUGAAAAUUGAACUGCCAUCGCCAAGGAAACCGACUCCCGUCACACCAAAACAAGGCUCACUCUAUCACGAAAUGGUUAUUGAGUCAUCUGACGACCUCAGCACGGUGUCGGACAUCCUGGCUCGGAGGAUGCAGGAGCUGGAGCUCCGCAGCCAGCUGGGCACCUCCCCGAACUGGAUGUCUCUGUUUGAGGAGAACAACCCCAAAAGCGCUGGCCGCCCUCGCCCCUGUACUUCCCGCUUCUCCGGCCACAGCCCCUGCACACCUCACCGCCCCCCCCGCAGCCCUGCGAGCCCCCACCGCUGCCCCCAGCUCAGCCUGCUCUCCUCAGACGCCAGCCUGACCUCGGACAGCGACAGCCACUGCAGCACCAGCCCCUGCUCCCACCGCCACGCCUGGCCCGAGCCCUCCUCAAACUUCCCCCUCCUGUCCUCGUCCCCCUCCCGCAUGAGGCCACGCACCUUCUCCCUGGAUGCUAAGCUCAGCACCCUGCGGGGGAGGGGGUUCAGAGGGGGAGGGACCUUCCAGUGCUCCUGCCAGCCUCCUACCUCCUCGCUGCUCGCCCCGCUCCCUGUCUCCUCUCGCUCCCCUCGGUCGCAGCGCAGCACCCAGACCACGCUCUCCUGCUCCAGCUCCACCUCCAGCAACAGCUCCAGCAACAGUGAGGGUCGCCACAGCCCUGAGUGCUCCGAGGGGGCCCCCUUCUCCCGGCCCUCCCCGGCCCGACGCAGCCUCAGGAACCUCAGGGCCAGACUCGAUCCUCGCAACUGGCUCCAAAGUCAGGUGUGAAGCGCGUGCUGCCAGACAGACAUUUUUAACACUGACCUAAAGGCAACAGUUCUCAUUAAAUCAAGGUUUAACUGGCUUAACAUAUGUGAACCGACCUCAGACAGUCUGUUGGCAACAUGCACAGCCCUGAGGAAGAUAAGCUGCCUCUGGUCUGCGUCCUGGGGGGGGGGAUGGAUCAUUGAAGACCCUCCUGGAGCAAACUGGAAUGCCUUCUAUCACAAAGGACAGGUGACAAUCACUGCAGGCGGCACUUUGCUGAAGAUGGUCCAGAACUAAAUGGGAGGUACUCUGCUUGCUUUGAAAAAUGAUUAUGGUCAUGCUGCUUGGGAGAAAGUGAUGUUAAGAGCUAAGGACUUCAGAUGAACUCGCCACACUGUCCGCCCUGAAACUAUAAAGGUUUUUGUUUUCCUCUGCAUCCUGGCAACACAAACAGGAUCUCAAAAUCAUCUCUAUAAAUGUCACCUGCAGUGAUCAAGGUUUGCAGUGUUUACGCUAUGAAAGCUAGUGAGCAUGAGUCGAGAUGAACAGGCAAGACGGCCAAGAGUUUUCAAAUGAUAAAGUGUGGAGGGAAGCGUUGGUGUCUGUCUGUCUGAACUGUGAUAUCUACUUCAGUGUACGCGUCUAAUUAUUCAUACAUGGUUCUCCUAAAAUGACUAUGCACCAUUUUGUUUUGUUUCUGCGUGAUUUCACGUUUCAACCAUGAAUCUGGUGAAAGCUUAUGCGAAGGCUCAUACACACUGUACUGGUUAAUACUGUGAUCUCUGGUCUCAACUCCCACACAUGUACAGGUAACAUAUCUCUAAAUACAUAGGAAAACAUUCAAAUAAAAAUGUAAUAACUCAACUCAAACUUUGAAUAUCAUUAAAAACUGCUGUUACUUUAAUGCAAUAUUGUGGUUUUUUUAAGCUUUCCUGUUCCUUAUUAUAGACAUUUCAAUAAAUGUGAGGCAUCCACCAAUCAUAUGUUAAAAAACAACUUUUUAAGCAUUAUGUGAAACUAUAGCCAAUCAAUAGGUCAGAGCAAGCUAAUGGUUUACCGUGCCAUUUAAGUAUUUAAUUUUAAUUUAUGUAAGAAAACAGUCAUCUGACUCAAGGCGUCCGUUAUACAUCUUAUAGGAGAGUGUGUGUGUGUGUGUGUGUGUGCAGUAAAAUCUCUUCUCUUUCUUUUACUGUUGGUUUUACUUUAACAGUUUCGUCUUGGGGCUCAGAACUCUGGUGAUUAUUUUUAACUAAGAAAUACAAACUGUCAAAUGUUUAGUAAAACAGCAUUUGUUACUGUAAAUUCAUUUUUAUAAAUUAACAAAUAAACCUCCUUUUUUUCUCUUUUGUUACAUAAUUGAUUUUGUUAUAAAUGUAGCUAUGUUGAUACCUAAUUAUCAUAAUGUUAACAGAUGAUGUGCAGAUGUAUAACUGUUAUGCAUAGGUAACAUUGAAUGUUAUAACCUUGCAAGAGUUUCUCCUGUUGGCAGGCUUUGUGUUCUGCAUGUACGCCGUCAUAAAGGCGGACAUAAAAUGAGAAAUGUGGAAAUCUCCUGUAAAAAUAACUAAUUAUAAUAAAUGUUUUAUCAAUA